CUGGGUAGCAUUUGCCUUUCCAUGGCUGGGGCAAACUCGUGGAAGAAACCCGUGGGGGACCUUGUUUCGGCUACGGACCUGCCAGGUGUGCAAGAGAAGUAACUUUGUAGUGGGAGGCUCGGGGUUCCCCUGCGCUUUGCUUCGCUGCGUAUCGCUUCGGUGAUGCUGCCGGAGGUACUCGGACCCUGUUCACCCUGGGAAUCGCUGAAGCCGUUUCAUGCAGGAGGCAUUGCUGAGGUUCCCCUUGCAGCAAUGGACUUGGAUAAACCAUCCGUCUGGGGAUCCCUGAAGCAGAAAACGAGACCGUUCCUGCAAAACCUAAGCGUGAAGAAGACAAAGAAGAGGUCUAGCAAAAUGGUGCAGAGGAAGGUCCACACCUUGGACAGACGCCUCAGCGUGUCAGUGCCGGACUUGCUGGAGGUAGAGACUCUUACAGAAGAAGAAACGACUUAUUCCAGUACGCAGGUGUUGUCGAGCUGCUCCCCCAAGAGCUUCUCCAGGUCUGCGGUGUCCCUGAAAAGCAGAAGCGCCUUGGUGAGGCCAGCAGGAGAGGACUGGCCGUGGGGGCCGCAGCGAGCGACACGCUCGGAGGUGACCAUCACCCACCCGGACGCCCAGGUCGUGGGCAGCCCCGCAUCCGAGGUGAAGAGAAAAUCCAGCCAUGACCUCCUGGAGCUGCUGCAGAGCGCCCGCCUCAGCACCGCUCUGUCGGAUGAGGGGGCAGAGUACCCAUGUGGAGAAAUGGAUCUAGACUCUUCCAUGUCGUCUCAAAUUUUUGAUGAUCAGAUGGCUCUAGAGGAAGCAAGCGAUUGCUUGAGUGACCUGCCCAGCCCCUUUGCCUACCUCCUGACCAUCCACCUGAAGGAAGGCCGGAAUCUGGUUAUCAGAGAUCGCUGUGGUACAAGUGACCCGUAUGUGAAGUUUAAACUGAAUGGGAAAACUCUCUACAAAAGUAAGGUAGUCUACAAGAACCUCAACCCAGUUUGGGAUGAAACUGUUGUGCUGCCUGUACAGAGCCUUGAUCAAAAGCUCUGGAUCAAAGUGUAUGAUCGAGAUUUAACCUCUUCAGACUUCAUGGGGUCGGCAUUUGUAGCACUCACUGAACUUGAACUCAAUAGAACUAUUGAACAGGUUUUAAAACUGGAAGAUCCCAACAGUUUAGAAGAUGACAUGGGAGUGAUUGUUUUAAACUUGAGUCUAGCAGUCAAGCAAGAAGACUUCAAGAGAAAUCGAUGGUCAAGUCGGAAGAAGCGAACUUCAUCCAAGUCGAGUUUCAUGCGGAGCGUGCGACUUUCCGACUCUUUGCGCAAGAACCAGCUGUGGAACGGGCUGGUCACCAUCACGCUCUUGGAGGGGAAGAACAUCCCCGGAGGGGGCUUGGCAGAGGUUUUUAUUCUCCUCAAACUGGGAGAUCAAAGAUACAAGAGUAAGACACUGUGUAAGAGUGCAAAUCCUCAGUGGAGGGAACGGUUUGAUUUUCACUACUUCUCUGACAGGAAGGAUAUGUUGGACAUUGAGGUCUGGAGAAAGGAUAACAAAAAGCAUGAGGAGCUUUUGGGAACGUGCCAAGUUGACAUUACUGCCCUGCCGAUGAAGCAGACCAAUUGCUUAGAGCUGCCUCUGGAAAAACAUCCGGGGUCCCUGCUGAUGUUGAUUGCUGUUGCCCCGUGUACAGGAGUGUCUAUCUCUGAUCUGUGCGUCUGCCCUUUGGGAGACCCCAGUGAAAGGCAACAGAUUUCACAGCGCUAUUGUAUAAAGAAUUCCUUUCAAGACAUAAAGGACAUUGGCUUCUUACAAGUCAAAGUUUUAAAGGCGGUGGACCUAUUGGCAGCAGAUUUUGCAGGUAAAAGUGAUCCUUUCUGUGUAUUAGAGCUGGGAAAUGACAGUCUUCAAACGCACACUGUUUACAAGAACCUCAAUCCAGAGUGGAACAAAGUUUUCACAUUCCCUAUUAAAGAUAUUCAUGAUGUUCUGGAGGUGACAGUGUUUGAUGAAGAUGGAGAUAAACCCCCUGAUUUUCUUGGAAAAGUUGCCAUCCCUUUGCUGUCUAUUAGAAACGGUAAACAAAGUUGUUACACACUGAAGAAUAAAGACUUGGAACGUGCUUCAAAAGGAGUAAUUUACUUGGAGCUGGAUGUCCUAUUUAAUCCUGUAAAAGCAAGUAUUAGAACAUUCAAGCCCCGAGAAAAGCGCUUCAGUGAGGAGAACCGCAAAUUUUCUAAAAAGAUCUUAUCAAGAAAUGUUGUUCGCGUGAAAAAAAUCACCAUGGCAAUAUGGAAUACAAUACAAUUCCUUCGGAGCUGCUUUCUCUGGGAGUCCACGGUAAAGAGCGUGAUAGCGUUUGUGUCUGGAAACAUUUCUUUAGGACCGGAGGUUUUGGAAAAGAGGGUAUUUGUGGUCACCGUAUGGAGCGUGGAACUGUACAUGGUGCCCCUGGCUCUGCUGGUGCUCUUUGCAUACAACUUCUCCCUCGUCACAACAGGGAAGGUCAACAACACCCAAGAUGCCCAGGAGCUUAUGGGCUUGGAUGAAGAUGAGGAUGAAGAUGAUAAGGAAUCUGAGAAAAAGGGGUUAAUUGACAGAAUCCACAUGGUCCAAGAGAUCAUCAUAGCUGUUCAAAGCAUCCUGGAAGAAAUAGCAUCAUUUGGAGAGAGGAUUAAAAACACAUUCAACUGGACAGUGCCUUUCCUCUCUGUCCUGGCCUGCUUGGUCCUGGCAGCAGCCACAGUCAUUUUGUAUUUUAUACCACUGAGGUACAUUGUUUUAAUCUGGGGCAUAAAUAAAUUUACUAAGAAGCUUAGAAAUCCCUACGCCAUCGACAAUAAUGAGCUGCUAGAUUUCCUCUCCAGGGUACCAUCUGAUGUUCAAAAGGUGCAGCAUGCUGAAUUGAAACCAUACAGCAGCUCCAGUCCCAUUAGGAAGAAGCGGAGUACGCUAUAGGAUGCAGUACGAUUUCGGAAUGCAGCAUCUCCCUCUGUACCCCCUCCCCCCCCCACACACAUGCACACAUGCUUCUCCUGUCCCCUUCUUCUUGCUUCAGAAAAACACUAUAAUCCCCUGCCACAGACUCUUUCCUUUUAUUUUUUUUGUUUUUUACCCCAAAGACGUGGGUUUUGAUAAACACCUAUCUUAGGUUUGUCUUUUUUGAGUUGUCUUUUUGGCAUGGAGUCGUAGCCCAAAAAAGAGCAAGGUGGAACGCAUGAAUUAGUUUGCAGGGUGGGGAGGAGAAUGGGAGAGGAUGGUGCAGCUGCACUUUUUUUUUUUUCCUUUUUUUCCUUUCGAUUGCAAAGGCAAGGCUGGAUGUGGCAGCACUCCCUGUUUUAUGUAGGAAGAGAUAAUUCCGCUUAGUGUAGCAGAUCAGCUGAGCUGAUGUGAGGAGAUGCUCUGAACCAGUUUUUAACAUAUCCAACAGAUUUACAUUAAGAUAUGAAAACUAUUCUUUUCUGAGUUAAAUCACUAUGCCUAGAAAGGUUUAAGCUCUGAAUUAACGAGUCUUUGAUAUCCAUCUUCUGUUCAAGCAGUGUACAUUUUAAAAAGUUUUUUAUCAUAAUUAGCAGAAAGAGCUAGGAGCUCCAACAGUAUCUCAAUAUUUCAUCCAGCACUUGUGGGUUUUUUCUUUUCUUUUUUUUUUUUUUUUUUUUCCCCUUCCGUUUUUAAAGCCCACCCUGUGGUUAACUCUUUGGAUACUGGAAUCAUCGGAGAUCCAUUGCUGGCAAUGGAUGCAUGAGAACCUUCUGCCGAGAAAGGAUUAAGAGACUGUAGAAAAGCCUAACUCACUGACCUGAAAAGACUCUGUUGACUUGCCUUUUAUAAUUCCAUCUCAUCAGAUAUUUUCAGCAUAGCUGUUGUUUUCCUGUCUAAAUCCAGAGGGGUCAACACUACAGAUUCAAGAGAAAAUAAUACUUUAUAGCCUUAAAGAAACAUGUACUUGUGCAGAAAGAGAGCACGGUGCCCAGAGACGUGGUUGUGCAAUAGUGUGCAGGCUUUGGUCCGCCACUGAUGUCUCACUCGAGUCUUUCCAGGUGGUUCACAAGGAGAGGAUCAGAAAGGGAAGUCAUACGGAAACUGAGAAAUGAAGAGACAGGAGAAAGGACCCCAUUUCCUAUCCUGAGGAGAAUGUGAUUUCUUGCUUGCUUUUACUGGUCUUUUAGCUGUUGUGCUUUUGCUUUAUAAAAUUCAGAUAACCAGCAUUAUCCGUGUUGUUUGCCUGGGGAAACUGAAACGCAGAAUCAUAUGUAAACCUGCUUAAUUUUGGUGAGAACGUAGCCCUCUGUCCUUUAGGUGCUGUAGGACGUUGCGGGAGCGACUUGCCACCGCACCAAGUCCUCGGUAGCAUGAGAGCUGGAGUUGCUUCUUGUGAUUCCCAGGCAGGGGUUGCCACCAGCAUCCCCUGGGGUGGUUCACAGUACAAAGAAACAGCGAGUCCUGAGUGACAGGUUUCUUUUUAACAAAAGACAACUUUGGAAGUAAUCUAAUUAAAAGUAAAACAGGUAAAACCUUGCUUAUGGAUCGGCGAUCCAAAUGGAGUCACGCUGUUGUGGUUCAGUACUGCAAUCUGGUGGGCCUGUUGCAUUCAUUUGAAGAAGGAAAACUAACACCAGAGUAUCUUCUGCUGGCUUAUUAGCCAGAUUCAGUGAUUUUUUUUUUUUUGUUUUUGAAAAGUUUCUUUUUCAAAGUAACAAGCCCCACUGUGCCUUUGAAUAAGGAGAGGCACAUUUUCAUAGACUUGAUGGGAUAAAGAAUGUAUUUUGCUCAUGCAAAGCUGUGUGUAGCUGCAAACGGGAAGAUAGAAAAAAGAUUAUCCUGGUUUAAAAAGCCACAAAAAUGCCUCUUUGUGUGCACGUGUACUUGUGUACCCAUGCAUAUACAGGGUUGUGUAUACAGAAGAGUACAUGUAUAAUGUAUUUAUGGGUGGGGGUGGGGGAGAUGGGUGAAUAUACAGAUUUAAAAACCUUGAAAAUGUUUAUGAAAAAUGCCAAAGAUUCUAAAGCUUAUCAUCUUGCGUCUGUUCUUCUUCAUUUUAUAUCUUUCCCGGCAUGUCUCUCUGGCUGAGCCAGAUCUCUGCAUGAUUUGAUUUACUUCAAGUUAAUGAAGCUGGUUGGAAAGAGCUUUGUAGAAAUUAUAAAAUCUCCAGUAAAUCUCCUUCUUGUACAUACAAUAGAUGUCCGUGGACCCCUUUUGUUAAACCAGUUUCUCAAUCUUCUGUGUAAACAAUGCCUCAUUGUCUCGCUUUAAACUAUCAUCUGGUUUAUCAUACUGUAGUCUUGUCAUUUUGUAAGGACUAAAGUCAGGCGUAUUUAAGCAGACAUGUGAGAUCUGAUCGUUGAUUUGAGUGAAAACAUUCAACUGCAGGAAAAAUUGUUUAUUUAUUCAGAAGUUGGGACCGAUACUUUAAUAAGGUUUUUUUCUUAUAGAUUUUUCCACGUGGAACUGAUUUCUGUUCAGGA